GAGAAUCUCGGCGCCUGAAGCACUUCGUUCCCCAUGAUGCUCCGGAAUGACGUAGCCGGAAGCGCGGGUGGGACACGGAAGUGAAGGAAAAUGGCGGAGGAUACUGGAAAGGCGGCGGCAGCCUCGGUUGCUCCGGUGUCGUUUGGUUUCACCCGAACAACCGGGCGGAGGCGGUUUCUUUUCGUGACCGGGCAGGAUGGCGCCGAACCGAAACAGGAACCCGAUUUCCUGACUGCCGUGGAGGGCCGGGAGUUGCAAAGUGUCCGGCCAGCUCCACAACCAAAAGAACUUGUCAUUCCCCUGAUCCAGAAAAACCAAUGGAAGAAACCAGGGGCCCCAGAACCCCUCAAGGAGCAGGAUGAGGUCAAUGGCGUUGAAGCACAAGCUGUCCGAGAACUCAUUGAAGAAUCCAAGAAGUCACAGGAGCAAUGGGAGAGUGGCACCAAGGUAGACCCUGCCUUUUCCAUUCCUCUCCUCAUGCAGAACCGUGUCCCCGACGGCUAUGAGGAUGGAGAGAAGGUGGAUGUCAGCCUGCGUCCAGACUCGUCGACUGAGACAGAUUAUGAAGAGGUACCAGUGGAAGCCUAUGGUCUUGCCAUGCUGAAGGGCAUGGGUUGGAAGGAAGGUGAAGGCAUUGGGCAUACCUUCAAGCAGGACGUGAAACCUCUGGAGAACCGCCUUCGGCCAAAGGGCUUGGGUCUUGGAGCAGACCGUUCGGCAGCCCAGGAGUUACAGCCCUCGGGACCCCGCCGCCCUCCAAAACCUGGUGAGGAGCCCCCAAAGGGCAAGGAUGAACCUUUGGGCUUGGUUGCAGGGGGCGCUGUCUUCAUUGAGAUCGGUCCUCACAAGGAGCUGUAUGGAAAAAUUGAAGGCGUAGAUGGAGAUAAUGCUCGUAUCAUGGUGAAAUUGGCCAUUGGUGGGAAAACAGUGACUGUAAGUCAGCAUGGCGUUCGACCUGUGACACAGAAGGAAUAUGAUAAGCUUGCCAAAGAUCUUAGCCGCCUCAGCAAGGCCCACAAAGAGAAAGAAGCAGUGCAGCGGAACGGGAGCAAGCUUGACUCAGAUAACAGACUAUCAGAAGACAAAAAGGGGGACAGAGACAAGAAGAGGAAACAUCCAGCAGGCACAGACCGAGAUGAAAGUGCUGGAAAGCAGAGCAAGUGUGAGGGCAGCAGCCAUUCCUCUUCUAGAACUCCUCACUGGCUGCGGCGGGACUUGCGGGUUCGCUUUGUGGAUAAGCUCUACAAGGGGGGCAAAUAUUACAAUACUAAGAUGGUGAUUGAAGAUGUGCUGAAGCCAGACUCGUGUGUGUGCCGAACAGAAGAGGGUCGGAUUCUAGAUGGGAUCCAUGAAUCCAUGUUGGAGACAAUUAUUCCUCGAAGCGAUUCGAACCAGGUCAUGGUGGUACUGGGGGAGCAUUCUGGCCAGGUGGGCCACAUAUUACGUCGAGACAAGGAACAGAGCCGUGCUCUGGUGCAGCUCCAGCAGGAUGAGGAGAAGCUGCUGUCACUGGAUUAUGAUGCUGUCUGUCAAUAUGUUGGUGGUUCAGAGGACGAAUGAACCUCUCAGCCUCACUGCCAUACACAGCAUCUGCAGGACUCCUAAGACCUAACAUAACAGGGGGAAAAACAGUAUAGGACUGUGAGCAGAGAACAAGACUGUCUCCCUAUUAAGAGCAGAUGCUCUGUUGUUUUUGUUUUUUAAAUGAAGGCUAAAUAUGAGGUUACUUGGAUUUUCACCAGUAACGGUGUACUAAUUUCUGGUUUCUAAACCAUUGAGCUAGUUCUCAAGUACCUGAUUAUCAAAGGCUGCCAAACAUACUCACUGAAUGAAGUUUAGACCACCGCUAAAAAGUUACAGGCCAACUCUGGUUCCAAGGCUGGCCUGAGAACAAUGUGACUUACAUCAGUCUGAUUCAGGUCUAGCAUUUGAGUCUGGAUUUUUAGCCCCUGGGUUCUGAUCUUGAGAAUAGCUAGUGCAUUCUGUCUGUUGAAAUACAGGAAAAAGACUGGUGUGUUUUUGUGUAUAAAAUAUUUUGCUCUUAAAAUAAAGGGAAAAAGUGUUUGGGCAUUCAA